AAUUUUGGUAUAUAUAAGGGUUAGGUAUUUCCGACUUUUGUCAUAAACCCAACAUAGCUAGCUACUGCUUUGCUCCCUUGUCACAAGAAUUUAGAGUAGAAAUCUAAAAUAGUUGUCAAACCCCAAGAUGGAGUUUUCGUUUUUACAGUACCAAAAUCAAGAAUUCUCGCCGGAAUCUUCCCGCGAAUCCUUUUCCUGGGAUGAGAUUUUGUUCCAACACAGUUCUCUGCCUUUCAAUUUUAAUGACUCGGAGGAAAUGCUCCUGCUUGAUGUGUUGGCGGAAGGGGUUAAAGAAUCGUCGGAAUCGAAUUCCACCGACGGAGUGGUGAAGGAGGAAGAGGUGAGUUCGAGUCCGGAGGAGCCUAAAAAGGAGAGGUCGUACAGAGGGGUUAGGAAGAGGCCGUGGGGGAAGUUUGCUGCGGAGAUAAGGGAUUCGACAAGGAACGGAGUAAGGGUAUGGCUGGGGACAUUUGAUAGCGCGGAGGCAGCGGCGCUGGCCUAUGAUCAAGCAGCAUUUUCCAUGAGGGGGUCGCUGGCCACUCUCAAUUUUCCUGUUGAGGUGGUCCGUGAAUCGCUACAGGACAUCAAGUACCGGUGCGAGGAGGGGUGCUCUCCGGUGGUGGCCCUGAAGCGGAGACACUCGAUGAGGCGGAGGUCAACGAACAAGAAGGGGAAACAGAGUGAAGUACGGCAAAAGAACAUGGUGGUGCUGGAGGAUUUAGGGGCCGAGUACUUGGAGCAGCUUCUCAACUCAUGUUAAAAACACUAGCACUUAGAUUGUUACUGAUUUUUAGUUUUUUUCUUUCUGGUCAUUUCAAUGGGCUGAGAUUUGAGAGAUCUGGGGUUGCGUUACGUGUUGGAUCAGCAUUGAUCCUCAUUCACUUAUCUUGUUUUUUUUUUCUUUUUUGGGUUCUUUUUGUAAAGUUUAGAAAAUGAUGGAAAUGUAAAAAUAUUUACUUCAUAUCUCAUGAUAUUUUACCUCAAUUAUUGCAACCUAAGACAUAAAAUAACAAAUUUUAG